AUUUCCAGAUCCGGAAGGGUUUGGUAUAGGUUUCAGGGUUUAAGCUAUCCACUACCAUUCUUAAUAUGGUGGUGCUUGUUUUAAGGUUAGAUGAUUGGCACAAAUGAUCGUCCAAAGUGACAUCCUAUUGUUUUCGUUUCAACUUCAAGUAGAAAACGAAAAACACAUGACUGUGCACUAAAUUUUUAAAGACCUGCGUCCAUCCCUACUUCUUAAGCUCUUCAGCCUCCUGCCGCCAGUAUGGGGCAAAACGGCUCGAAGUGUCCCGUGCCCGGACCGCGCAGGGGUAGCGAUAACCAGUUUGCGCGCGGCAGCUGCACGGUGAAUGGCACACCGAAUGACCACGACGUGAAAGUGCAAGAGGCUCUCUCGUCCUCUGGCACGGAAGAGCUCUGGGCCAGCCUGGUCACGAAGAAGUCCCGCGAGUUUGUUGACAGCUGCCAGGACCGGUUGCGCAGCGAGGAGGUGGAGGAGCGCGAGGAACUACUCCAGGAGCUGCAGCACAUGUUCUUCGAGGAAGAGGACUGCCAAAUCCGCCCCGAGCUCGCCGCCCUCGCGGCGCACCCGGAAUACCGCAAAGCCUGUCCGGAACUCCUGUUGUUCGCAGAUCCGGAAGUGUACUGGGAGUACCGCAUUAACAAAGCCUGCAACGGAAACCCGGCCACUACCGUCAGCAAGGCCGUGCGGAAAAAGCUGAACGCGGACUUUGCGACCUUCGCGAGGCGAAACUGGCGUGGGGCCGCGGGCGUUCUGAUCGAGCAGAUGGCGAGUAAUGGAGCAACUACAACUUCGGACAAAGAUGACAGCGAAGAAGUUGUCGACCACAGCAACACAGCGAUGUUGCUAGACCGGCCAGAGAUAUGUCGAUAUGGGGACGUCAUGACAAAGGACUGCGUCGAGAUCUUCUUCGAACUGGAACUCAACAAAAACAAAGCCGAAUACGAGGAUACCGUACCUUUUGUCUCUGAUUCAUCUCACACAUGAUCUAUCAGCUUUCAUGUCUUUACCCGCUGAGAAAAAGAAAGUCGUGUUGGGACGUAUGUUGAAAAUGAAAAUGUAAAUGAAAAAUCUGCUGCAAGGCAAAAAAAUGAAAAUCCAAAACACAGAUAAACCGCUCCCUCCUGCCAAAGCUACAGCGUUUGAAUCAAGAUCUCAGUGUGAAGUGGGUGCACAACAAUCCGCAAUUUCCACUUCCCUCUCCAAUCUACUAUGGACAUCCGGAAGUGUGUGUCAAGAAGGUUGAAGAAGUCGAAGCGUACUUCCAGAGCAGCGAGGUUUGCCUGUCGGAAUACAACCGAGUAAAUUGUUGAUAUUGUUGCCAGUAGGGCUAUGGUGCCGUGGUUUUUUUGAGAAUGAUUUGCGUUUUCUUGGAAAGCAAAAGCAUUUCUGAUUUUGUCGGUGCUGAGAAACGAAAAAAGGAUUGUUAUUAAACCGCAAAAACAGGUUUCCCUGCGUCUCGAAGCAGACGACAUUCGAAGUGUGCUCCAGCGCUGGCUUCGCGACCUUUCUGCGGAUGACGGGUUUAAACAGUAUGUGAUCCCCAUCAUUUUCAAUUUGCUCAAACGCGGUGAGAGCUGGAGCAAGUUGCAGAGCAUCGCCAGUGAAGCCAUUUCGGAAUGGUGCAAGAUGUUAAGUCAACAAGGCGGAGGUGGAAGCGGUCAGAACGAUGGGGACGGUGACGUCGUCAUGGGGUCCGCAGAGAACAACGAGAAGCUACUUCCUUCGGCCGCUGGUAACGACAACAUCAAGCGUCAAAUUGCGAAGGCUGAAGCCAUCGCGAGCCUCUUCACACCGAAAGCGUUGUUUCACUUCGUCUUCCUGCGAGCGGAGACGCCGUUGAAACUCCGGCUGCUCAUGGACUUCAACACGCUGCACGCACUGCCACUCAUCCACCCGGGACAGACUUUUAACGGCGACCUGUUCUUCCUCCUGCAGCAGCCGUACGAGAGCGCGCUGUGCAGCUUUGGGUUGGGCGCGCGAGCCUCCGAGGGGAUCGGGAAGAGCACGCUGAUCAACCGCGUGCUGAUGUGCACCUUUGCAGAGAAGGACAGCGGCUUCUUCAGCUUCGGCUCGCUGGACGUUGAUCUGGGUUUUUCCUUCAAGGCCGGCUGCCGGCGCAGGAAAAUUUGCGUUGCGGAUCAGCACGGGCAGCUGGACUGUGCGCGCUUCGGGGCGGUGCUGCAGCUUUUCUCGCACUGGUGUAUCCACGUGCACUGGGAGGACGUGGAGAAGGGGCGGACGACCAUUCUCGAGGACUUUCAGAAAGCCAUCAACGGGGCCCGCGAAGCGGCGCCGCGGGGAAUCAUCGUGCUGGUGCGCGAUGUGCCGGCCACGGUGUCGUCCACGCCGCUCCGCAAAGUAGAAGUUUCCGGAACAACGACAAGUGCUGGCGGAUGCGACGCGCGGCUGCAGCAGCUACACGAGCGGUUUGUUGGCUUGCUGUCCGGAGCUGACGGUGCUUCAGGAGGUUUCUCCCAGGUACGGCUGCAUCUCAUCGCGCUCCACGACCUUUCCUCGUUAACGGACCACUCGAACCUGGAUCGUGCUGUCAAGUACGAGCUUGAGCCAGUCUUCAAUCAAGAACUGUGUGCUUCUGGAGGAGGGGGUUCGGCGACGACGGGCUCGAGGACUAAUGGCGACGAUGUCGAAAUGGCCGACGCCGACAAUGCGCUUGGAGGUUCUUCUGGAAAUGCUUCGGAUGUGAAACGCAGCAACGGCAGCAGCUGUUUCGAAAAAGGCCAAUUUCUAAAAGUUCUGCAGCAAAUCCACCGAGCGGAGAAAGACAGGAAGCUAGCAAGUGACGAGGGUCUCCCCUCGGGCGAUGCUGGAGAAAAUCCAAAUCAGGAGCACGACAUGAUCAUAUACAAGAAGGUGGACGACUUUGCGAGCCAGUUUUUUUCGGAUCUACAGCCGUUCAAAAAUGACUUCUACGACCCGUGCUGCCUUGCAUCGCGACGGCUGCUAACCGAGUUGCGAGAACAGGAGUGCAUUCUGCGCAACCCCGAGCUCGCACAUGAGGUCAUCCAGGACGCAAAAACGAAGAAGGACAAGCUGCUUUCCGAUUUGCGACAAAUCCAGCCCACUUCCCUCUACAAACUGUUCGUGAAGAUUCUGCAAAACGGCGACAACGUGCUGAUUCUCGGCUACAUUGGCCACCUGUUGAAGGCCUUCAACGAGUGCAACACCCGCGACGACGAGAAGCACAAGUCCCUGCUCAUGGACCGCAUGCACUCGCGAAGAGACAUGGCAGGCGGCGUCGAGUCGGUCGAAUUGCGGGAGAAGGUUCGCGAAGUUUCCGAUCUUUUGCAGCGAAAGCGCUUUUCGCUGGAGCUCCUGUGGCGCGAGCUCUACAACAUGAAGGAAUUCGACUGCAUGCCGUUCGACGGCGCAUCGGCGCCGUCCACUAGCCUGACCGGACCAGCAUUGGUCGGUGGUGCUGCUGGAGCGCAGGGGAACUUCGAAAUCGAUCCGGUCGAGAAGGUUUUGGGCAUGAUCAAGAUGGGCGAGCCGUUCGAGAUCAUCGACGGUGACACACUGUCCAUCCCGAAGAAGACGCUUGCAGAAGCUUUCGGCACCUUCGGCAAGAAGCGCGUGUUGGUAGUCAGUAUCCUGGGACCACAGUCAUCCGGAAAAUCGACCUUGUUGAACUUCUUGUUUGGUUGCAAGUUCUUCACAAGCGGCGGGCGGUGCACCAAAGGCGUUUAUGGUUCCUGUAUCGAGCUGGAUCACCCGAACUACGACAUGCUGAUGGUCAUAGACACAGAAGGCCUAAAAAGCCCGGAGAAGGGCGACCCGGAGUUUGACAGGAAAAUCACGCUCUUCUGUCUCGCGGUUUCCAACCUCGUCAUCAUCAAUGUUAACACGGAACUAGACCGCAGCAUGCAGGAGUUGUUGGAGAUCUGCAUUUACUCGCUGGACGGUUUGAACAAGGCGAAAAUGGCGAUGCCGCAGGUCUUCAUGGUCUUCAACAAAAACGCGUCGGACAGCAAGGCACCGUACCUGGAACAGAUCAACAAGAUCAGUGAAAGCGUCCGGGAAUCGAAACCAGACGCCAAGGAAGCCGCGGACGCCAUGAUGUUUCCGGAGAGCCGCUUAGUACUACUACCCUUCGCCUUCGAGUGCAAAACCGAUGAGAAAGACAGCAAGCGCGGUCGCGAUGAAGAGUGGGAGCGCUCGCAACCAAGUCUCCGCUACGCCAAGCAGGUUGCUGCGUUUUCGAAACAGCUGCUCGAGGCUGUGGCGACGGGUGACUAUACUGGCAAUUCUGCCAGCUCCUUCGGAGGCUUGGAGCAGGGUCGUUCGAGUUCCGUAGGGGCCGCCCAGUUUGCCACCCAGGAACUUCGCAAUUGGAUCAGCAUGAGUGCGGACACCUGGAAAACAAUCCAGAAUUAUCCGGACCUGUAUCGGUUCGCAAACAUGAAGUUGCUGCAGCAGAACCACUUGCUUCUUGAAAUCAGCCAGAAACUCGAGGACACGCACCUGACCUGCAACGACGCCAUCGCCCGGGACCAAAAAGCGCUGGAGGACGCGGUGUCGUGCGUGGAGGCCGACAAAAUUCUCAGCAAGAAGUACCAGCAGCUGCAGGAAACGGAGGUCCGUAGCAGAAUCCAGGAGCACUUCGAUGCCAUUGGCAAGCGAAUUGAGAAGGAGCUCAAAGACAAAGCGAAGGAGAAGCUGGUAACGUACGAUCACGAUCUAAUGGAGCAGUACCAGAAGAAGGCCCGCGACCGCGUCCGGUGCCACUGCGAAGGCCAGCAGCACAACGCGCUGCUGCAGCUGCAGCAGAUUGCAGCCGAAAAAAGUCGCGAAAAAGGAGUUGCUCAGCUCGACCAAAUGAUUGAAAAGUUUACUUCGAUGCCGCAGUUUCGCAGGAACGGCGACGAAUCGCUGACGACGUCGCCGGACCUGGAGCAAGAUGGAGCGUCGCGCGGCGAAGCUCCAUCUUCUACACCGCUUUCCGAAGAGGAGAAAGUGCGGCUGAUUACCAGUGAGUUCGACGUUGUCUGGAAUGACAUUCUUGCCGGGAUGCACAAGAAGCUCCAUCUAGCCCAAGAUCAGGACCGACUGUGGACGCUGCUCCGCGGAAGCUACGGGCAGCACCAAGAGUUUCCGUUGGACAUUUUCUGUGACUCGGACUUCGAAAAAACCGUAAAGGAACAUCGCGGCUCGGACGAGAUUCUUCAGAAGAUGAUUAUGGACCGCAUGUUCGCGAGUGGGAACACCCCGUGCAUGGACAUCGGGCAAAGCGAUUUCAUUAAUCCAGCACUUGAGGAUCUUCCGGAUUUGAUGAGGCAUGCCGGCGCUGAUGAAACUCCUUCUGCGGGGCCCGGGAAUUUUCUUUCCCCAGCGGACUUUUACGACCCCUACUACUCCAUUCAGCGGUUCAACUGGAGUGACUUCGUGUUGGCGGUAAAAUGGAAAACAUUUUUCAACGAUCUCCUGGCCUGCGUAGCAAAGUCUCGCGUCGGAACUGACCAGACGCGCAUCCGACAAGUGGAGGACGCAUGCGCGUCGUUCAACGCCUAUGGAUUUCAAGUUGCGAACGCGUUCAUCGAGGCUGUCAUUGCGCUCAUUGAGGAUGACGGAAAAACGGGUGCGGACUCGUCGUAUACGGGUAGCAAAAAUGUUUUUUCAGGAAUUUUUUCGGUGUUUUCUUCAUCCCGAGAUGCAAGGGCGCCGAGCGAAGCGAAGGAAAAGAAACCCGACGAGCUAUUCCGGAUAUUGUGCAGUCAGUACGCCGAGAUGAUGGAUCAUGUCUUCCAGACUGCACCCGUCACGAAAAGGAAUCGGGCGGUAGGAGAUGAAGGGCAGGGUGCUGAUUCGAAGCGCAGGAAGCGGUCGGAUUUUGAAGAUUUUGCAGCAAGUUCGCCGCCCAGGUCUGCGGCUUCCAGUGCAGCAGCUGACAGUCUCCGCGAGAGACCGACGCCAAUGCGUCUGCGCGAGUCAUCGAACAACAGAAACCUCGCUCGCCUUUUGCUGCCGAUUCCCAACUUCGCACAGACGCGCAGUCACGCAAACAGCAACUACGUCGAUUUACGAGCCAUUGCAGUAGUUGAUGAGUAUCUCCUCAAGUCGCCACUCUACCAGCCGCCGCAACACCUUACCCACGUUUCCGGAUCAGGCGCAAAGAUUGUUUUCAAAGUCCGCCGCGACCCGACGGCACCAGAUGAAGAAAUGCUCGAUGGUCCGCAAGAAAAAAGCGUGCCGGAUUUCAACGCCCCCUUUGCGGAUGCUUUGAAGUUCGUGGCAGGCGAGGAAGUAGGUACCGACAGUCACGACAUCCGUUCGCAGUUUAACCUGCUGGUCCGCAACGAGGGCCGCUGGCGUGGCACGGUCUUCAAGCGCUUCCGCGAAAUCAUUUUGAGGGAGGUCGACUUGUCGCGUCUUGACACGGAAACAGAACAAGGAGCUGGAUGUGCAUCCUCUGUAGUUGCAAACUACUCGGUACACCUGACGCGACUCGUGCGCCAGCGUUGUUCGGAGGCGAUAGACAAAUCGGUGAGCGAGGAUUUGCGCCGCUUUGGGUGGAAACUGGAUAUGGACGGAAUGGCGCAUCUUCACUUCUACGCCCUCGUCACGAUGUGGUCCCUGAUAUCCGAUGGCUCCCGCGCGCGCUCGGUGCGGCACAUUGAGGUUUUCGAAAAAGAUCGCGAGCCCUGGCUACAGUUCGUGAUCAAAUCGAUACUCUCCGACCCGCGCGGCCAGAGUGAAAUCAUGGCAGAGCGCGUGAUGGACUCUGCUAUGGAGUCGUUGGGCAAAGACCUGCAAAAGAAGACGGCAAAGGACGCCACCGAGCAGAUGCAGCACCACGCCGGCGCAUUUUCCGCUGUUGCACUGCAAGAGUCCUUAGAUAGCCGGCUACCAUUCUGCCCGACUGCAGAUUCCAAUGAGGUUGUGCGCUACCUCACCGAUCAAGCCGCGUUCAUUCAGGAGGAGUUCGAAAAAAAGUGGAAAGAGACGUACCAGUCCAUCAAGGCGCGGUUUGUGGCCCAGCACAAGAUGGACAGGAAAGAUGCGCUGAGCAAGUUACUGCACCACUUGGCCAAGCUGAAACAGUUUCUCGGCACGAUUCGUGACGACGGAGGAACUCAUCUCUUCGCUGCUUCGUCCCAAAGGGGGAGAAACUGCUUUGACGUGAAUGCGUCGGACCAGCACAGUGCUGUGUUUGCGUUUUUCAUUGAUUCCUGCGUUGGUAACAAUCGACAGUCCGACCUGUUCCGCGACAGCACAACAUGGGUUUGGGAUGGGGCGGCAGGAUGGGAAAUCGACGGCGUCGACACAUUGGACACCUGGGGGUCCGUUCCCUUCGUGAAGAUGCCGACAACGCAGGGGCUGAAGAUUGUGUCCUUUGAUGUUUUCUGUGAGGUUUUGGAGGCCCGGUGUUUGAAAGAGUUAAAAGCGUGCGAAGACGUUCAACUCGACAUUCAGGAAAUGGGUUUAGACACCACGUACUUCAACUUCAAGGAGACCGCGAUUGGCUGCACACACUGCUGUCCGGCGUGUGGCAGAAAGUGCGACCAGCCGGGGGCAGGGGAACCGACACACCGUCACUCCUGCAAGCUUGGCCACCAGAUGAGGGUUAUGGCGGGCGUCUCGAAUAAUGGGUUUCCAUCCUUCUUAACCUGCGACGAAAUCAAGGAUGACGCGGCGAUUAAAGACCUGCGGACCCGCAAGUGGACAACUUGGAAGGAGAUUAAGAAAGACAACCCCCUUUGGGACUUUGACUUCUUCGAAGACGCCCAGGACAAGCUCUCCAACGUUGUGAAGUUUCGGUAUGGAGAUUUUUAUUUUGCGUGUCGUCAGCAGGGCUUCGGAGUUCACUUUGGUGCACUUGGAUGGAGGGGGAAGUUUUGAUAGCUUUGUGGCCAUGGAACUCCUCUCAGUCACUUCUUCACCACCUUCGCGUUGAAUUGGCUCGAGUUAUCGUUAUGUGUUUCCGCAGCUAGUAGAAAAAUAAUUGAUAUAGAUAUUCGAUAGAUAAUUGUACUUAGACAGAACAAGCACAAAAGAAAGGUAUUGGAAAAAUAUAAUUUUCAGAUCGUGUUGGGAGUACCACGGCAAGCGAGUGUGUGAUUAUUGGACAAAGCAGGGAAAACCGAUAAAGUUCUCGGUAAUGAAGCCUCGCGAUAUGCUGCUAAUCGUGCUAACCGAUGUCAAUUUUGUCGAGCGUUGCGUUAGCGUCUGGAAGGACUUGAAGCGUUGGAGCGCGGAUGCGGGUGAGCAGUAUGUAACGAUCGUGCACAGUGAUGCAAACCGACUCACGCAGAUGGUGUCGCCGAUUCGGAUUAAAGAUUUUCUCGAAGAUUUACAGGAAGAAUCUGAUGCGGUAGCCGCCAUGCAGGGAAGCCGGGCGGACGAGCAAGUGGCCUGCAACAUCGUGACGCUACUGCGGAACAACGUCGCAACGUAUUUGCGCCAGAAGAUCAACAUCGACCUCCCCAACAGAGCAAUGCCCGAACAAGAUAUGCAAUCGCUCGUGGAUUUGCACAUAAACUUUCCCGACAUCGCUAACAUCAUUUCGGGAGCAACUUUAACGGAUCCUCCAAAUUGUCCCUACCACAAGUACUGGUGUUCGAGAAACGGUGUGGAUCCGAAGAAGCCAAUCAGCUGCGACGACCCAAGAAAGAUGGCAAAACAAGCUGAAGAAUACGGCAAGAAGGCGAAGAUUGACAUCGCAGAACGAGUGCCACAUAUUCUAGAGCAAGUUGAACAAGAAGACUCUCUUCUCUGGGCAUGGCAGGUGCUGGGAAUCGAAGAAGGAACUCCGAAAAGCGACGUGUUUGAUGUUGCGGGCGAUUUGCUGACCAUGUUGGAAGAACUCCAGACGGACAUUCGAAGCGCAAACCUUCCACAUCUGCCCGGCGGAAACAAUCAGGCGAACAACUCUUCUUUCAGUGCGGAAGACGUUCAGCAGGCGAAGGAAAAAGUAGGACGAGCUAGAGAUCGGCUGACUCGCUUCUUGUGAGUAAAGAACUACGUCACUUGAGAUGCCUGUCAAGAGUACGAGGAAAGCAGAAGCAUCGCCUCAGAGUUGUUUUGAGCCUCAAACAAGCAGGCUAAUUUAUAAAGAUCAUGAAUAACGCCCUGCGAAAAAGCUACUAGUACGACCGGACGACAACUAGUACCUCCUCAAGUUUUUCGCUAUGCCGCUCUUGAUUGUUUUUUCAAAAACCCCAUUCAUAUCAUUUAUUGCUAUCAAAUCGUGGCACGCAACGAUUUUCACGCAGGAGAAGACGACAAGAAUAUUUAGUGUAUUGACGCAAACUCUACUUUUACUAUACUUAUACGGCCGAAAAAAAAAUGCAUUCGUUAAAACGCGACUCUUAGAGCGGGGAGACGAAAUAUGCAGAGUUUUUAUUCUUGUGUUCCUGCUUCAUGGGACCCGUUCCUGGUGAUUUGUUUGGCAUAAAUUACUCAUGAAGAGUCAACAGCAUUUAGCUCAUAAGUACGUACAUCCUGCUUGUUCACUCUUAGAGUUCUGGAGCGCCAAUUUGCAGCCAAGCCAAGCCAUUUGGUC